UCAGCCUGGCUCAGUUCGCGUCCCGCUAUUCCGCCGGUCGGUUGUGUGUAUCGUUCGUUCAAAUUAUUGCUACGACCUUUUCAAACUUAGUGCUUGUUACAUCGACUUGUAUUCGUGUUAUCGGAGGCAUACCUAGCUCUUCAAAAUGAGGGGUUUGAAAGCCCUCAUACUUCUACACCUGGUGUACUUCUGCGGAUGUAUGGACCAGCUCCACAUAGUGUAUGAAUGGAAGCAGAUUGACUACGAGUUCCCCACUCCUGAGGCCAGGCAGCAGGCUCUGGAGACGAAGAACUUCAUCCCAGAGAAUAAUAUUCCCAUGGGACUGGAAAUCUAUGAGGACAGACUGUUCAUCACUGUUCCUCGAUGGAAGUCCGGAGUACCUGCCAGUUUGAAUUACAUCAAUUUGAAAGAUAAUUCAACAACAUCACCGAAGUUGAUCCCGUACCCAAGUUGGGCAGCGCACUCUAUCGGCGAGGACGGCAAACCUCCAGAGAUCAUCUCCCCGUUUCGCGUGAGAGCUGACCGCUGCGGACGUCUCUGGGUCCUUGACAAUGGAAAAAUGGGCAACCUGGAGAAAAACACAACGAAAUACCCACCCUCGAUCAUUGUUUACGACUUGAAAACUGAUAAUCUAUUGAGGAAAUACGUAUUCCCAGAAGACCAGGUCAAAGAAGAUUCUGGUUUCGCAAAUAUAGCUGUUGAAGAUAUCGAUUGUGAGAAUACUUACGCUUACGCUGGAGAUUUGGGUAAACCUGCCAUUGUUGUUUACUCCUGGGAGAAGAACGAGUCUUGGAGGAUCUCCCAUCACUACUUCCACCCUGAUCCCUUAGCGUGUGACUUCAGUGUCAAAGGAUUCAACUUCAGUUGGACAGAUGCUUUGUUCGGUCUUGGUCUAUCUGCUCCUAAUGCUGAAAACUACAGCACACUUUACUUCCACCCCAUGGCCAGCUACGAUGAAUUCUCCGUGUCAACCAAGUUUCUGAGGAACAAAACUCUUGCUGAUGACAACUUCAGCGCUUUCAAUGUUUUGGGAAGUCGAGGGCCGAAUGCUCAGUCUAGUGUAUCUUUUGUUGACCAGAAAACUGGAGUCUUGUUCUAUUCUUUGGUAAACUUGAAUGCUGUUGCAUGCUGGAAGACUUCCAACAAGGAAUAUUUGAUGAAAAACCAAGGCAGGAUCUACAUGAACGAGGAGACCAUGGUAUACCCGACUGACAUUAAAGUUGAUUACAACGACAACUUGUGGAUUCUGUCAAACAAGAUGCCGAUUUGGAUGUACGGCAAACUAGACGCUAAUGAAGUUAACUUUAGAAUCUUUUCGGCUCCAGUUGUUGACGCGAUUAGUCAUACGGCUUGCGAUAUCACGGCGAGAUCCGACAUUUUGGACAAGUUCGUGAAUAAGAUCAAGAAUGCGACUAACUCGAUCGUUGCAAAGAUUAAGCCGAAUUCUGGUAAUCUGGCGUAUAAUCCCCUGGCAGUAGUGAGCAUACUGGUGUUCAGUUGGAUCAUUACCUUGACCCUGUAGACUACAUCUGAUACAAAGUAAUGUCAGUAUCUACAGUUGCGUUGCUUUCACGAACAAGUUUCGUUUUGUACGUCAGUUAUAGACUUAUUAAGGGCACUAUCUGUAUCUUCCUUGGGAGAGGAAGCGAGACAUAAUUUAAGAUAUUUAAGGACUUAAUAUAAGGUUGUGAAACAAAGAUGAUAACUGGCGUCCAGAAUGUUAGAUUGCUUGUUGCUUUAUUUGUAGUGACAGGGGAGUGACCCAGUUCGUAUGCUAGUCGGAAGCGUUAGUAUUAUAGCCUAUUUAUUGAUAAGGUGCCUUAUGGUUUUAUUACGAGUUUAAACAUACAUUCCAAAAGAUUUGACUAAAUAUUUGCAUUGUAUGCGAGGCAGCAUAGCUGUUUAGUAGUGUAAAGCUUUUUAUAAGUAUUUGGGGAACACUUUCGUGUUGUAAUUGGGUACUUAUCAGUUAUAGUUAAGACCUCUAUAGUCUUUUAAUUUUAAUAUUUUACGACACUCUACACUCUAUAAUGUGCCUCUCAUAUGAUAAAAAGUAAGUUUUGACUUUAAACUCAUAUAGCUAUUUUAAAAUAUUCUAUUUAAUCUUAUCUAUAGUCUCUGUGGUGUAACUACCUAUAUCCAAUAAUACACUUUAUUUCUUAAGUAAUAAAGUACUUUUUUCUUAAUCAUUUCACGCAUGGGACUCAAAAAAUGUGGUCCAUGUCUUCGAGACAUUUAUUUUUAGUGUUUUGACAAAGAAAACUAGUUUUAAAGAUCGAUAAUUCAGCUUUUAGACUUUAGACUUACGCAUCCAUCGCUGUUAUUGUAUGUGAGUAAUUUGUGUUGGUUUUGUACAAAGGAACUAAAGCUGUGAUGGACAGCGAAAUAUUGUAACAAGGGUGUUACCUAGCGCUUUAUUUAUUGUGAUCGCAUAUCAUUCCGUGUUUUUUACUUAUCUGCGAUGAGAAACAAACUUGACAUAUAUAUAUAGGUAUAACACAUUUCAUAAAAACCACUCACAGAAAACCGACGUGAAGCAACGC